GGUUGCUACAGCGGGAGCUGGGCGGCGGCGGCGGUGGCGGGUGCGGCUCAAGGAGUCCGGCGGAUCCCGAAGCGUUGGCGCAAUGGAGGGACUGGAAGAAAAUGGAAGUGUCCAAGUUGGAGAAUUGUUACCUUGCAAGAUUUGUGGAAGAACGUUCUUUCCAGUGGCAUUGAAAAAACAUGGACCUAUUUGCCAGAAAACUGCCACUAAAAAACGGAAGACUUUUGAUUCAAGCAGACAAAGAGCUGAAGGAACUGAUAUUCCAACAGUGAAACCUCUUAAACCUAGGCCUGAACCACCAAAGAAGCCAUCUAAUUGGAGAAGAAAGCAUGAAGAAUUCAUUGCCACAAUAAGAGCAGCUAAAGGCCUUGGUCAAGUGCUGAAAGAGGGUGGCAAACUUCCCCCACCUCCUCCACCGUCUUAUGAUCCUGACUAUAUUCAGUGUCCAUAUUGCCAGAGAAGAUUUAAUGAAAAUGCAGCUGAUAGACAUAUAAAUUUCUGUAAAGAACAGGCAGCACGUAUUAGUAAUAAAGGCAAAUUUUCUACUGAUACCAAAGGAAAAUCAACUUCUCGGACACAGUUUAAGCCUCCUGCACUUAAAAAGUUUAAUUCUCCUGGGACCACCUCAUCAGGAUCAUCACGAUUACCACAACCAAGUGGCACUAGCAAAACUGUUGCAGGUGCUCCUUCAGGUAAAGUGUCUUCAGUUGGCAGCUCUUUGGGAAACAAACUUCAGACCUUAUCUCCCUCCCAUAAAGCGAUAGCAGCCCCUCAUGUAGGGACUAACAUCAAACCUCGAAAUUCCACGCCACCUAGUUUGGCCCGAAAUCCUGCCUCAGGUGUGCUUACAAGCAAAAGAAAAACAUAUAGUGAUAGCUACAUGGCCAGGCCAGAUGGAGACUACAUCUCUUCAUUUAAUGGUGGAAACACUAAAGGCAUUGAAGGAAAUUCAGCGGGACACUUACCAAAAUUCUGCCAUGAAUGUGGGACUAAAUACCCUGUAGAAUGGGCAAAGUUCUGCUGUGAAUGUGGCGUUCGAAGAAUGGUUCUGUGAACAGAAUCCAAAAAAAAGAAAAAGCUAUGUCCUGAAUUUUAUGAUUAUUGCUGCUUGGACAUGUAGAGCACUUCCUCGAGUGAUUUCAUGCUAAAAUUACUCAAAAUACUUUCUUUCAACAUUUUGGAGCAUAAUUCUUUGGCCGUGUAAUGUGUGUGUAUAUAUGUGAGUGUACAUAUACUGUAUAUAAUAAAUACCUGGUAACCUAAGCUGUGCCAUUCAAGGACAUACCUACUUAUCAGUCAGAAAAUAACUUUAGGUGGAAUCAUUUAACUUAGGUAUUCCUUUUCUGUUGAUAUACUUCCACAAACAAUCUAGCAUUAGUGCUUAGCACUGUAAGUUUUCAGAUGAUCAUUACUUUGAGCAGAACAUCAGAAUAAACAUUUUUAUUAUUGACCUAUUUUCAGAUAGUAUCAUUGUAGGAUGGAAUGCUUGAACUUUUGAAACUGAGAGAAUAUUUUAGUUACAAUUAGUUGUGUCAUUUUCCUGUAGAGCUCUUUAAUAAUUAAUUUUAUAAAUAUUUUUUAAAAAGAGAGGGAAAAACCCCUAUUGUGUAUGUUGCUCUUUACUCAGUGUAUUAUUGAUUCUGUAGAGGUUUUUACUCAGUUCUUUAAAACAUAAUUAUGCAGUUCCCUUUUCAGAGACACAAAGCUGAAAAUACAGCUGUUUCUUUUUCUGUUAUAACUGAAUAAUUUCUUUUUUUUUGCUCAGUGUAUAUUAGUUUACCAUACAUUCUUUCGGCUUCUGAUUGUCUUCAGAUUUCACUUUUGUCCUUUUUUCCCCCAUUAUCUCAUGUCUGAAGGGUAGUUUGCUACUUCAUUUUUGCAAAGUUUGCAAGAUAAUUAUUUAAUAGAAGGUGCAUAAAGUUCCUUGCAAAAUCUUGGAUUUAUAUCUAUGUAUUUGAAUUUAGAAGAAAUUAAUAGAUUUUAAAACAGAUCAUCUCACCUAAUAAACAGUUAACUUCGAUAAUUAAUCGUUAGUGCAGGGCAUGAAGGUAAAAAGAACUGAAUUUUAGUCACUCGAAGUAUAGUUAUAUGUAUUUAUGGGUAGGUUAAGAGAACGUUAAUAUUUAAUUUUUCCUACUCAUGUUUUUCUUCCAGUGUUUCAUGCUAAAGCACCAUUUACUUCACAAUAAUAAGCCUCUGAAAAUGCAUUGCUUUAAUGGAUAGCUGCUUUAUUAUGUAAUUAAACAUUCACAAAAAUGUGAUUAUACUUUCACCUUUACUUUGACUAAAAUACAGCUUUUAAUCAUUGUCACUUUCAGUGUAAUAUUGUAUUUACUAGUAAAUACCUUUUGUUUCUUGUUCAGCCAAAUUCAGUAAUUCAGUAGUUAUUUCUGUUGAAUCAAACCUAACAAACCUUGAUCUUAUUAUAAAGGUACAAGCAAAUAAUUUAUAGGUAAUUUCUAACUUCUUGUUUAUGAUUCUGAUCAAUUGUGAAGAUCAGGGUAGAAAUUUGUGGCUGAUAGCUUUCUCUGAAAUUCAUUUAUACUUAACUUUAUAAUUUUAUUCAUUAGUUUUUUUGUUUUGUUUUAUUUGUGCUUUUCAUUUGGGCAGAGGAUAACUUAGUGGUAAUGGAAAUUUAUGAUUUACAUUAUAGUUCCUUUCCUGACUUUGAAUAAUUCUUUUUCUGGUUGCCUUUAUUUAGUCAUAUUGGCCAGAAAGUCAAAAAAACUAUAUUACAGCUUAUUCCAUCAACUAGAGUAAGCUUUAAUAAAUUUAGGAGAAUAAUGUACAUAUUAGAGUUCCAUUUCAAUUGUUUAUGUUCUUCUGUUCUAAUUAUUAGAAACCAUACAAAGAAAGAACUUUAAACUCUUGCUUUAGCUAGAAUUGAGCACUAUUUUCUUCCAAGUAUAUUUUUAAAGAUCACAUAAUUUUUGUCCACCCAAGGAAGGGAUAGGUAAAUGAUCUUAAACAAAGUGGCACAUGUUUGCUUCUCACUGAAUUUUAUUGUAGCAAGUAAAUGUUAUAAUGUACUAUAUGGAAAUGAGUUGGUAAGAAAUCAUCUAAUUCCAAAACCCAGAGAUUGUUAUAAACAGUAAGUAGGUGAAAUAUAUUAAUGAAUUAUGAAACAUAUCGAUGCAGUGUAUUUAAAUGCAUUUUUAUAUUACUUAUGUGUAUUAUUUUCAUGUUGAUUUGUUGUGCAAUAGUUCAGUUUUUAAGAAAUUUUCCUAGAUCGAUGCAUCAUUUACUUUAUUUUUAUUUAUUUUCACAAGUAUUUCCCCGUGUGGUAGAAUGAAAAGAUGAUUUAAACUUAUAUUAAAACUGUAAAAAUUGCUUAUAUAAUAUUCUGAAAGUUAUUAGCUUGGAAAGUAAGAGUAGUAUGGCUGCUGUUGUCUCUUGUUCACUCUGUUUUUUUAAAUUACAAAUAGUCUUCAUUUUUGAACCUAUUCAAUAAAGACAUGAAGCAAAAAAA